AUGCGUGCGGUACGCUCCAAGGCUUGCGGGGACGGUUUCUGCUAUCCGUACCAUCGCGUAGCUACCGCCGAGGAGAGCUACCACCUGGCAGUAGUCGUGGCUCUCUGCCUCACUUUCUCGGCAGCGCUGCUGGCGCCUCGCCUUGUGGCUGCUGCACUGCACUCAAGCUUGACCGCGCGGGCUCCUCAAAAUUUAGUCACGAUUGCGCUGACGGGUGGGCCUUGUGCAGGCAAAACCUCCGCACUGACAGCGCUUGAGGCCAGUGCAAAGUCCGCCGGGUUCCACCUGAUGGUCACCACGGAGAUAGCGACGCUUAUGAGGGCGGGCGGCUGCGACGAGGCCAUCACUCCGGCGCUUGCGUUUCAGACUUCGCUCGUCCGGCUGCAGGUCCAACUCGAGGACGCUCUGGCCGCCGUCGGCGCAGCGACGGAUCUGCCUACGAUCCUCAUCACCGACCGUGGCGCGAUGGACGCCAAGUCCUACAUGUCCCCGCAUACAUGGAGUGCGGUGCUCGAGGCCAUCGGCGCCACGGAAGAGAGCCUCUUGAGCCGAUACGACGGGGUGAUCCACCUUGUCACCGCCGCGGAUGGGGCGCCACAGUCCUACAAAUGGGGCAACGUGACGGACGACUCCGGGCAUUGGGUGUAUCGCAAGGAAUCGCCCGAGGAGGCCAUCGUCACUGACCGCAGGACACAGGCGGCGUGGGCUGCGCAUCCGCGCCGCGUCAUCAUCCCGAAUGCCGGCUCGUUCUCGAACAAGACGAAGCAUGCGGCCAUGGCGAUGCUGAUGAUCGCCCACGAAACCCACCCAGGGCUGGCCUCGGCGCGGUAG